AUGCUGUUUCUAGCCGUUCUCGUGUUCGCUGCUUAUGCACGUUGCACACCUACCACAUUUGACUACGUGGUGGUCGGCGGAGGGACUGCAGGACUCACCGUGGCAGCUCGUCUCAGUGAAGACGUCAAUACUGCAGUUGUGGUCCUCGAAGCUGGCGAAGACCGCACUGAAGACAUCAACGUCCUGGCUCCUGGACUGCUGACAUCGCUAUACAGUGAUCCAAAGUACGACUGGAAUUACCAUACAACUCCUCAAGACARUGCGAAUGGUCACGUAUUGGCGCAUCCUCGUGGCAAGCAGCUUGGAGGCUCUUCGGCUAUCAACUUUCUCUGGUGGACCCAUGCUUCUCAGAAGGACAUCAACAAUUGGGGCUUGCUGGGCAAUAAGAACUGGAGCUGGUCUGCCCUGGAUCCGUUCUUUGAAAAGUCGGAAAGCUACGUGAGACCUUCAGCGAAAACAGCUGCAUCGCUGGACACUGGCUACAUCGACCCUGAUGAGCAUGGCGAGAGUGGUCCUAUCUGCACCACCUUUGCUGACAUCCAGGGAGAGCUCGAUGAGGCCUGGCCGAGAACAUACAACACGCUCGGCCUUUCUGUCCCGUCCGAUCCACGGGAUGGACUCGCUCUCGGAGGCUACACGAAUUUGCUUAAUUUCGAGCUGCCCACAAGGAGUCGAAGCUAUGCUGCAACGACCUACUUGAAGGAUGCCCAGCUGCGGCAAAACUUCAAAGUCAUCACCGGAGCGCAUGUUCAGCGGAUCCAAAUCGACGCUUCAUGCGACAAGCCCAAGGUAACGGGUGUCACGUACAUCGUGAACGGCGUAGAAUACAACGUCGAUGCCCGAAAGGAAAUCAUUCUCAGCGCUGGCGCAUUUGGUUCCCCACAGUUGCUCGAGCUAUCUGGGAUUGGUGACCCCAAGGUGCUACACAGGCACAAUAUUCCAGAAGUCUUCAGCAAUAUCAACGUGGGAGAGAAUCUGCAAGAUCACGCCUACGUUCCUCUGGGGUACAAAGUUCGUCCGGGCAUCUUUACGCUCGACGACUUUGCAAAUGAGACCAUCUUCAAUGAAGCAUACGAUCAAUACGUCAGCAAUCGGAGCGGAUCACUUGCGACGAUCAGUGCCAUGUCUGCUCUUCUUUCUAUGGAGCARAUCAAGGGUCUCGAAUAUCCUGGAAUGAAUGGCACGAUUGAAAAGCAAUGCCCUCAUCAUAAAUCUUCCCACAACUCGUUGCAGCACUCUCUCCUCUGCUCGGACCUCCAACAUGAAGCAGUGGUACAAGAAUUCGCCACUCCUGGUGGAAUGUCUCCGCAGCUCUCCAAUGACAGCGCAAAAGUCUUUCUCGCAAGCGUGCCAGGAAACUUCUUCACCAUCACGGCUGUUCUUCAGCAUCCUUUUUCGCGCGGGAGUGUUCACAUCAUAUCGUCGAAUGCUUCGCAAUAUCCACGGAUCGACCCGAACUACCUGUCCAAUUCACUGGACAUCAAGAUUCUCGCUGCGGCAGCACUCCAUCUACAAGAGGUCGUGAGAACGCAACCCUUGUCGAACUUGCUUGUUGAUAAUGGCACUGCGUUCCAACCUGGUUACUAUGAGCUGAACGUUGAUAAUGUGGAAGCUUGGACGCGGGACAAUCUACAAAGCGAGUUCCAUCCUUGUGGAACUUGCGCCAUGUUACCGCGGAAGGAUGGAGGUGUUGUGGAUGAGCGAUUCAAUGUCUACGGCGUUGAAGGCUUGAGGGUCGUCGAUGCCAGCAUCUUCCCACUAAUCCCGAGGGCAAAUCUGCAGAGUCUGGUUUACGCAGUGGCUGAGAGGGCUGCUGAGUUCAUCAGAGAGGACGACAUCGAGUAA